ACCUCGGGCGCGGAGGAAAGAGCGCUGAGAGCCCAAGCGACUCAACGGCAGACAGAUAGAGAGCUGUUAGACAACAUAGUGCGAUAGAAUCUCUAAAGAGCUUACAGUUUAAAACAACAACAAAGAACUGAACUGAAAAUAACAACAACAAUAAUAACAGUUUGGUAUGAAAAGGGUUCAUGAUACAAUUCAAAUAUUUUUUUUUUGAUUGAAUUGUGUGUUGUGAUUAGAAGGACACCCUGAGUCAUCUGUUUUUUAAUUGGAAAAAGUGGAUUUUCUUACCUUUUUGGACAAACACACACACACAGUGAGGAGGGUCAGCCAGAGAGAGAGAGAGAGACAGAGAGAAAGAAGAGGCAACCCAGCAUCUUCACUGUUCUCGUCCCAGCGGGGCUACCUGCUGAUCUGUCAGUGCAAGCCACACACACUCCACUGAGAGACACAGAGAAAGCGAGAGAUGGCUGCAGCCAAGACGGAGCUCCUUCCUGCUCUGCAGAUCUCAGACCACCUGAGCUUCCCUCACUCCCCCAUGGAUAACUACCCCAAGCUGGAGGAGAUGAUCAUGCUCAACUCUGCGGGGAUCCUGAACGCCUCCGCACCCGAGGGCACCGGCUUUGGCUCCGGGGAACCCGGCGAUCAGUACGACCACCUGACUGGAGAUACUCUUCCUGAAAUUGCACUGAGCUGUGAGAAAACCCUGGCUGAUCAGGGUUAUGCCCAUCAGCGGCUGCCCCCCAUCUCCUACACAGGGCGCUUCACCCUCGAACCUGCCAACUGUAGCAACAGCCUGUGGGCGGAGCCUCUGUUCAGCCUGGUCAGCGGAUUGGUUGGUGUCAACCCACCCGCCACUUCCAUCACAUCUUCUUCAACCGCCCAAGUCACUCCCUCCUCCUCACCUGCCUCAACUUCAAGCUCGUCCUCUUCCUCCUCUUCUUCAACAUCUUCCGCGUCAACAUCCAGCAUCAGCCUGAGCUGCUCAGUGCACCAGAGUGAGCCCAACCCCAUUUAUUCAGCCGCUCCAACCUACUCCAGUGCCAGCCCUGACAUCUUCCCUGAACCUACUGCCAACUUCCCAUCAGCAGUGGGAAGCAACCUGCCAUACCCACCCCCGGCUUAUCCCAGCAGCAAAGCAUGCGGUGCCAGCUUCCCUGUUCCCAUGAUCCCUGACUACCUGUUUCCCCAGCAGCAGAGUGAGAUUGGCCUGUCUCAGACUGAUCAGAAGCCCUUUCAGACACAGCAGCCUUCACUUACACCGCUUUCUACCAUCAAGGCCUUCGCCACACAGACAGGCUCUCAGGAGCUGAAGAGCGUCUACCAGGCGCAGCUCAUUAAGCCCAGCCGUGUGCGCAAGUACCCUAACCGGCCAAGUAAGACACCACCACAUGAGCGUCCCUAUGCCUGCCCCGUGGAAACCUGCGAGCGGCGCUUCUCUCGGUCCGAUGAGCUCACACGCCACAUCCGCAUUCAUACGGGCCAGAAACCUUUCCAGUGCCGCAUCUGCAUGCGCAACUUCAGCCGCAGCGACCACCUCACCACUCACAUCCGCACACACACCGGUGAAAAGCCCUUCGCCUGUGACAUUUGCGGCCGCAAGUUUGCACGCAGUGACGAGCGCAAGCGUCACACUAAGAUCCACCUGCGGCAGAAGGACAAGAAGGCUGACAAAGCCAGCUCGGUCUCCACCACCAUCCAGAACUCCAUCACCUCUGUCUCUAUUUCAGUUCCUUCACCAGUGUCAAGCUACCCAUCUCCUAUUCCCUCUUACCCUUCUCCAGUGUCAUCCUUUCCUUCUCCGGUAGCUUCCUGCUACUCCUCUCCUGUGCAUACGUCCUACCCGUCUCCCUCCAUUGCUACCACUUACCCGUCACCUUCCACCACCUUCCAGACCCCCGUGGCCACCUCAUUCCCCAACUCUGUGGUCAGCAACAUCUACAACUCUCCGGUAACAACCCCGCUGACCGAUAUGCAGGCAUCUCUUUCUCCACGGACAGCUGAAAUCUGCUGAGACUGUCCACCCUGUCCUCACAUUUGCAUCCAUCUGAGAGGGUGAGAAAAUGUUAACGGACUUGUUAAUCUUUUAAUUUUCCUCUCUGCAAAAGCACUUUUCUAGCCACAUUUUCAGUUCAAUAUUCAAACGGUCAAGGACUCAAAGACAUUUGAAAAGACUAAAGGACAUUUAUUUUCUUUUAUUUGCUUGCCUGAAACGAGGCUUUCAUGACUUUUAAGGAUGACAAAGUGACUCAAUGGGCUUCGGCAAGUUUCUUGGUUUUCCUUUGAGUGUACAAACAUAAAUGAGGAAAAGGACCUUAUUGUUGUAAACUUAUGCCUGCAGGUUUCAAGCUCAAAUGUCUUCAAUAGAAAUUUACAAACAGACAUUAAAUAAUAUACAUAAGCUACAGUAUAUGUAUAUUGUACACGUGCCAUGUUUGAAAUUUUUUUGUUUGUUUGUUUUUAUUUUUUAGUAUCAUUGUUGUGAAAAUUGAUUUGAAUAUUUUCCUUGUAUUAUCCUAAAUUGAGCAGGGCCAUAUUUUAUACAUUCUGUAGUACGUAGUGAAAAUGCUGUGAUAAGUUUUUUUGACUCUGUUCGGAUAAAGAGCACUUACGUAUCCUGG